AUGGGGGAGGCCCGUCUGGUCGUGGCUAUGGGGGAGGCAUGGGGGAGGCCCGUCUGGUCGUGGCUAUGGGGGAGGCAUGGGGGAGGCCCGUCUGGUCGUGGCUAUGGGGGAGGCAUGGGGGAGGCCCGUCUGGUCGUGGCUAUGGGGGAGGCAUGGGGGAGGCGCGUCUGGUCGUGGGUAUGGGGGAGGCAUGGGGGAGGCCCGUCUGGUCGUGGCUAUGGGGGAGGCAUGGGGGAGGCCCGUCUGGUCGUGGCUAUGGCGGAGGCAUGGGGGAGGCCCGUCUGGUCGUGGGUAUGGGGGAGGCAUGGGGGAGGCCCGUCUGGUCGUGGGUAUGGGGGAGGCAUGGGGGAGGCCCGUCUGGUCGUGGCUAUGGGGGAGGCAUGGGGGAGGCCCGUCUGGUCGUGGCUAUGGGGGAGGCAUGGGGGAGGCCCGUCUGGUCGUGGCUAUGGGGGAGGCAUGGGGGAGGCAUGGGGGAUGCCCGUCUGGUCGUGGCUAUGGGGGAGGCAUGGGGGAGGCCCGUCUGGUCGUGGCUAUGGGGGAGGCAUGGGGGAGGCCCGUCUGGUCGUGGCUAUGGGGGGGCCUGGGGGAGGCCCGUCUGGUCGUGGCUAUGGGGGAGGCCCGUCUGGUCGUGGCUAUGGGGGAGGCAUGGGGGAGGGCCGUCUGGUCGUGGCUAUGGGGGGCGGGGAGGCUCGCAUGGGGGAGGCCCGUCUGGUCGUGGGUAUGGGGGAGGCAUGGGGGAGGCCCGUCUGGUCGUGGCUAUGGGGGAGGCAUGGGGGAGGCCCGUCAUGCUGGGGAGGCCGUCUGGUCGUGGCUAUGGGGGAGGCAUGGGGGAGGCCGUCUGGUCGUGGUAUGGGGGAGGCAUGGGGGAGGCCGCGUCGGCUAUGGGGAGGCAUGGGAGCGCGUCUGGUCGUGGCUAUGGCGGAGGCAUGGGGGAGGCCCGUCUGGUCGUGGCUAUGGGGGAGGCAUGGGGGAGGCCCGUCUGGUCGUGGCUAUGGGGGAGGCAUGGGGGAGGCCCGUCUGGUCGUGGCUAUGGGGGAGGCAUGGGGGAGGCCCGUCUGGUCGUGGCUAUGGCGGAGGCAUGGGGGAGGCCCGUCUGGUCGUGGGUAUGGGGGAGGCAUGGGGGAGGCCCGUCUGGUCGUGGCUAUGGGGGAGGCCGGCAAUUAG